GUCCCAGCAGGAAGCAGAGCGGCAGUGCGAGUGAGAGACGAGGGGAUUAUUAGAGCUUGCAAGAUGUCUCAGAAAUGGAAAAGGCGACAGGAGGGCUAGUAAAGUAAAUUUGGAGGCGAAACGACAACUGUGUGGAUGUACAAUACGAAUAACGCAGACUCUAACUUGUGGAUUACAGAUACACAAAGAGACAAAAAAGUGUCUCUCCGAAUGCAGCAAAAGUUGAGAGACGCGAAAACUCGUCUGAUCGAAAAACAUCUGAGGAAAAAGUGACACUAAGAAUAAAGUACCACUUAGUUUCGAAACCUGGAUUUGCAUUUUUGGCCUUCAUUAUUUUUAAAUUUCCCUCCCUUUUCGGUGAAGGCGGAGGAGGAAGGGGCUCUGAGUUUUGUGUUGCCCCACAGCCUGAUCUCAGGCCUCUUCGUUACGGCAGUGGAGUUUUUGUCGGAGAGGGAAAGCAGGUCAAGGGGGUGUAUGUAAAUGCCAUACACCUGGAUGGACUUUUAAAGGAGACGCGGCUCCGAACAAGUUCAGUUUAUUAGUCGUUUUUUAUAUGUGCUGACCCAACCCAAAAUAAAAGUGAUCAAAAUGGAUUCGCAAUACGGAACUUCAGCCUCAGCCGGAGUGCCAACGUCUAAAAGCACCAAGGACAAGAAGUCGAAGAAGGCUUUGGAGGACGGGGAUGGAAAGAAGAAGUUUACAUUGAAGCGCCUUUUUCCAGAUGAGCUUGAACGAUUUACAAGUAUGAGGAUGAAGAAGGAAAAGGAGAAGCCAUAUCCAACUCAUCGUCAUUCAUCUGCUGCGCAGUACGAGAUUGGUGGUCAGUCCAGCUCUCUUCAUGACCUACCUGAUGCCGCAGUACUUGAGCUUUUUGAACAGAUGUUGGUUGAUAUGAAUCUUAAUCCAGAAAGGCAGCAGCCUUUGCGAGAAAAGGACAUAGCUAUUAAGAGAGAAAUGGUUUCACAGUAUUUGCAUACUUCUAAAGCUGGCCAAAGCCAAAAAGAAAGUUCAAAAUCAGCAAUGAUGUACAUUCAGGAUCUGAAAAGUGGUCUUAGAGACAGCCAUCUUCUGAAUGUCCUUGAAAGUCUCAGAGUUUCCCUCAGUAACAAUCCUGUCAGCUGGGUGCAAAAUUUUGGAGCAGAAGGCCUUGUACUGCUUCUGGACAUUUUGAAGAAACUCCAAGAUGAAAAGGAUGAAAUGUCUAGUGGGACUGAUGUCAAGUGCCAGCAUGAAAUUAUCAGGUGUCUAAAAGCCUUCAUGAAUAACAGGUAUGGUAUUAAAGCCAUGCUGGAAUCAGAAGAUGGAAUUCAGCUUCUUGUACGUGCCAUCAAUCCUACAGUACCUCACAUGAUGGUGGAUGCUGUAAAACUAGUAUCUGCAAUAUGCAUUUUGGAUGAUCCAGAAAAUAUUCAUGAACGUGUUUUGGAAGCAAUAACAGAACAGGCUGACAUUGAAGAAAUUGAAAGGUUCCAACCAUUGCUAUCUGGAAUGAAGCUGCCGUCUUUUUCACUAAAGGCAAGCUGCAUGCAACUGAUAAAUGCAUUAAUAAGUCGAGGUGAAGAACUGGACUUCAGGAUUCAUAUCCGUAGUGAACUUAUGCGUCUUGGACUUAAAGACAUAUUGAAGGAUGUUCGUGCUGUUGAGAAUGAUGAGCUAAGAGUUCAGUUAAAUGUUUUUGAUGAGCUUGCAGAAGAUGAUUCUGAAGAACUAAGGGGUCGGCUAGAUGAUGUCAAAACUGAAAUGGAUGAUGCCACUGAGAUUUUCCAGAUUCUUCAAAAUACAGUAAAGGAUUCAAAAGCAGAAGGGCUUUUUCUGUCCAUUUUACAACACCUUCUUCUCGUACGUAAUGACUACUUUGCCAGACCUCAGUACUACAGGCUUGUAGAUGAAUGUAUUUCCCAGAUUGUCCUCCAUCGUAAUGGCACAGAUCCUGACUUCAAAUGCAAAAGAUUUUUACUAGAUGUUGAUGGAUUAAUAGAUAAUAUGAUUGACAAAACCAAAGUACAGACAAGCGAAGCUAAAGCUAUUGACCUGGAAAAAAAGCUUGAUGCAGAGCUGACAGCACGACAUGAGCUUCAGGUGGAGCUGAAGAAAAAGGAGAGUGAUUUUGAGCAUAAAGAGAAAGAACUGACUUCUUCAAAUGAAAACUUUAUUUCACAAUUAAAUACCACAGAAGCAGAACUCACAAAGCUGCAGGCUGAGAACAAGAAGCUUAUAGAAGAGGUGGACGUACUUUCUAAACAACUGCAGGAUGAGAAAAACAAGGUUGCCUCUCAACCUCAUCAACCUAAGACCAGUCCUCCUCCUCCUCCUCCUCCUCCACCACCACCACUCCCUGGACAAGUUGGAAUUCCAAGCUUCCCACCAAUUGCAGUUCCUGCUAAUGCCCCCCCUUCAACUCUGCCGUGCCCUCCACCACCACCACCCCCACCACCUCUUCCUGGUAUGAGUGGCCAUCCUCCGCCUCCACCACCACCACCACCACCCCUACCUGGAAGUGGUAGUGGAUUUCCUCCACCACCCCCACCACCACCACCACCUCCUCUACCUGGCGGUCCUGGAAUGCCACCCCCUCCACCACCUUUACCUGGUAAUUUUGGAAUACCACCCCCUCCACCUUUAUUUGGUUUAGGUUUACCCCCACCUCCGCCACUUCCUGGAGGACCAGGAAUUCCACCCCCCCCACCUGGUGUUCCUGGAAUACCACCACCACCCCCUGGUGUAUGGGGUUUCUCUGUUCCCACGCUUCCAUUUGGACUUGUACCCAAAAAGAAUUAUAAACCUGAAAUACAGCUGAAAAGGGCCAACUGGACAAAGUUUGGCCCUGAGGAUCUGUCUGAGAAAAGUUUUUGGACAAAUGUGAAGGAAGAUAAAUUCGAAAGCAAUGAACUAUUUGCUAAACUUACCCUGGCUUUCUCCUCUCAGAUCAAGAGUUCCAAAGCCAAGAAGGACCAGGAUGUUCCCGAUGACAAGAAAACAACUCAGAAGAAAAAAGUGAAAGAGCUGAAAGUGCUCGAUUCAAAGAGUGCACAGAACCUCUCUAUUUUCCUGGGGUCUUUCCGAUUACCUUACAAAGAAAUAAAGAAUGUUAUCCUUGAAGUAAAUGAAAGUGUUCUCACAGAGUCAAUGCUACAGAAUUUGGUAAAGCAGCUUCCCGAAGAUUCUCAGUUGAGUGUUUUGGGUGAAUUAAAAGAUGAAUAUGAUGACUUGGCUGAACCUGAGCAGUUUGGAGUUGUGAUCAGCACUGUUUCUAAACUGCGUCCACGUCUGAACUCCAUCCUCUUCAAGUUGCAGUUUGAUGAGCAAGUGAAUAACGUGAAGCCAGACAUUGUUUCUGUGACAGCUGCAUGUGAAGAACUCCGCAACAGCAACAACUUCUCCAAAUUAUUAGAACUAAUCCUGCUGGUUGGAAACUACAUGAACUCUGGAUCGAGAAAUGGUGCUGCCUUUGGCUUCAGUAUCAGCUACCUCUGCAAACUAAGAGAUACAAAGUCCUCUGACCAGAAGAUGACUCUUCUGCACUUUUUGGCUGAGAUUUGUAUGGAGCAGUACCCGGAAGUGAUGCACUUCAUUGAUGAAAUGAUCCAUGUAGAAAAAGCCAGCCGAGUUUCUGCUGAAACACUGCAGAAGAACCUUGAGCAGAUGUCUAAACAAAUUACAGGGCUAGAGAAGGAACUUGAAGCAUUCCCCCCUCCAUCUGACGACAAAGACAAAUUUGUGGAGAAAAUGACAAGCUUUGCCAAGAUUGCAAGAGAACAGUAUGAUAAGCUGGCUCUUAUGCACACAAACAUGGAGAAGCAGUAUGAAGAUUUGGGAACAUACUUUGUCUUUGAUCCUAAAAAGAUAUCUAUAGAAGAAUUUUUUGGUGACCUGAACAAUUUCAGAAGCAUGUUUCAGCAAGCAGUUAAAGAAAAUCAGAAGAGGAAGGAGGCUGAAGAGAAGUUACGGCGGGCAAAACUGGCUAAGGAGAAAGCAGAGAAAGAGAAAGAAGAGAAAAAGAAGAACAGUCAGAUGAUUGGCAUUGGUGCAGAAGGUGAUGAAACCGGAAUUAUGGAUGGUCUCAUGGAAGCCUUGCAGUCAGGUGCUGCUUUUAGGAGAAAGAGGCCCCCAAGACAAAUGGCUCGAAGAGCUGGCAAUUCUGUGACUUCAGUGUUGGCCAAAGAGUUGUUGCAAGAUGAUGAGCCCAGUUUACCUGCGAAAAAAGAAAAGAAGGAAGAGAAGAAAAGAGUCGAGGUAGCACAAGAAUCCCUGGACGAUCUCCUGGAAGAUAUACCAGCUCGAUCAAGCUAACGGUUAAAUGUGCUGCCCUAAUAGGUCAUUUUGACAUCUCUGCCAUGAACACGCCAACACAAGGGACUUGGCUAGUGGAAAGCAGCAGACUUUUUCUUGAUGGUUAAUUGCUUCUUGGGAAUCUGCUUUUACACAUUUUGUUGUCACUGGAAUAAUCAAUAAUGAAGCUGCACUUAGGAUGUCUGCCCCCUAGUGGCAGCAUCCACAAUGAAUUAAUGUCACGACUGUUCAUUUACUUUACCAUCUAAAGACAAAAACAGAGUUUAGUAAGAAUGAGAUUGGAAUUUAAUAGGUAAUCCUCAGUGGACCUCAGCAUAUUCUUCAUUUCUGGUAACAUAGAAAUACAUUAGCACUGAGUCAAAGACAGACUUUUACUGAAUUUUUCUGUCCGACUGCCUCUGCAUUUUGUUUCAGAGUUUUUUGCAUUUGGUUUGUCACAAGAAGUGCCAAUGCAUCCAAGCACAUGCACACAUUAAAACAAGGCUCCACAGGCAAAACUACCCAUAGAAAUGUGUUAAACUUUUGUGUUUUAUUUAAAAUAAUUUAGAAUAUUUUUGCAAGAGACCUGUUGUCCAUGAUGUGUAAUUUUGGGAAAAUAGAGAUUAUUUUGUUUCCUUGUAAUUCACUGUUGGCGCAAGGCUCAGU